AUGGCGUCCACCUCCAGCAAACCAGACCUGUCCUACCCCACGCACGCCAAUCCGACACCGUACGACAUCUUCCAUUUCCCCUCUCGCACCGUCACACCCUCAGAAGUCAAGGCGCGAUACUACGACCUCGUCCGCGUGUGUCAUCCCGAUCGACACACCGCCUCCUCCAGCAAAUCCAAGACGCAAGUGGAAGAAGAAUUCAAAUGCAUCGUCUCGGCGUACAAUCUCCUGAAAAACCCGCGGGCCAAACAGAACUAUGAUCGGGCGGGUCUUGGUUGGGGCACUUCCCCUUCCUCCGCUUCAGAUCCAUGGGGAGGAUGGCAAGAUCGACGCUACACGCGACGCUAUAACCCCUCCUACACAAGCCCAGGUCACGACCGGUUCGGGUGGCAACACCAAGGUUUCUACUCCAACCAAUUCACCGGUCCCCACACCGCCGGUAGCGCAGGUUGGAACGCCAAAGGUCACUACACCUCCAACGGCAUCUUCAUCUCCACCCUCUUCGUGCUCACCUGGAUCCUCGCCGGUCUGCAGUACAGCCGACUAAGUCUGCAGAGCCAAAAAGCCGUCGAGAGGGCAGACAAGAGUCAUCUGGAUGCAGCAAGGAGUUUGAACGAGGCCAGAGACGCGGCGCGGAGCAGAGAGGGAAGGGAGAGAUGGGCAGCGUUUCGACGACGGGCGAGGGAACAGAAGGUUUUGGAGAGUGAGGUGGGGGGUCAUCUGAGUGGGGAAGGGAUGGCGUCGAUCGAGGCACCAGGGGCGAACGAGGGAGUAUAUGGCAUCGGACAUGGUGGACCGAGUGGAAAAGAGGCGGCGCAGGAACGGUUCGCAAAGGCUCAAGCUGCUCAGACUUAG